UUUUCUCCAACGGUUUAAGAACUUCUGACAUUCUGAAACCAGACUAGAGAGAGUAGAGAGAAUCAAAAUCAUAAAAGGUAAAAAGGAUUUACAGGGAGAGACUCUGCUUCUCCGAUCAUUCAUUCAGUAGCCAUGGCAGCUAAACUCGUCUCCCCAACUGCUGUGAUGACUUCUCUCCCUCAAUUCAGUGGGUUAAGGCCCAAAUCACAAACUGCCCGUGCAGACAGCCUGGUGUCGUUUCAACCUAUCAGAAGCAAGGGGAAGGGUGCUCUUGGUGCUCGUUGUGACUUCAUUGGUUCACCCACAAAUCUGAUAAUGGUGACAUCCACAACCCUAAUGCUGUUUGCUGGAAGGUUCGGAUUGGCUCCAUCAGCCAACAGGAAGGCCACACCAGGGUUGAAGCUGGAGACGAGGGACUCUGGCCUGCAGACCGGAGACCCAGCUGGUUUCACCCUUGCAGAUACCUUGGCAUGUGGGACUGUUGGUCACAUUAUUGGUGUUGGGGUUGUUCUUGGCCUCAAGAACAUUGGUGCAUUGUAAAUUUUUUUAGAUGCUUUUCCUCUGUCAUUCAGUUGUACCAUGCACAAGAGUUUACAUGUAUGGAAAAGUUGUUUGUACCCAAAGCCUUUUUGUUGAUUAACUUCGGCAUAAUAGAUAUGCCAUACUUA